GUAGACGCUGGGAGUGCGGCCUGUGAUGAAUACCCGCAGAAACAGGGCUUGGUUCUGUCAGACUUCAUCCACAGAAAAUCCCAGGCUGCCAUUGGAGAGAGAGCCCAUUGGCACGAGCAAGCAGAGCGCAGACGCAGGAGAUAUCGCAGGACGAACGCAGUGUCCAUUACUCCAGCUGAUGUAACCAGACAGCGUAUGUUGGUGGCGAUUUUUUAACAACAGCAACUUCGUGGUUAAAAAGAAGGGAGGAAAAGGAGGCGACAAAAUGGGACAUACCGCAAUACCUAUAUUGAUGGCUGUUUUGUCCUACUGCGCGUGGGAACACGUCGAGGUAAGAAUCCAACGAUGUGCUGAUGGCGCAUUGAGAUUUUGCUCCUACUUUGGCUAAUCCUUGGACGAAUAUGUGUGUUUUUUUUGUUGUCCACGUAUGUCGUGAUAACACACGCCACAUAUCAGUUCAGUCUUCAUUUUGUUGACACGCAUCCUUAUCCGGGGCAGGUUUGAUUUGUUAAUGCAUCCUCGCGCACCGUCCUUGUGUCAACAUGAGUAAUGACGCACAAUGUCCUCAAAAAGACUCAAAUAGUGACAGGGAUAACAAGGAAAUAUCCCUCUGAGGAUUAAAUGGAAACGCAGUCAGAACAUGCACAUAAGAGGCAGCGGUUUACUGUAUUUUUGGCUCGCUGCGUCAAGUCUGGGCCUGUAUGAAAAAUGUCACACAGGCCUUUUUUUUUUUUGCUCAGUGGAUGGAGGAUGGAGAUCAAAUCUCAUCUCACUGCAUCCCAUCUGGCCUUGUCAGAGGAGGAAAUCAGCUUGCAUCCGUGCUGUAGGAGAGUGCUAGUGCAGGAUUGAUUCAUGCAUAAUCUAUUACUCCCCCAUCUCUGUGAAAGAACAGAGAAAGAAAUAUUCAAAAAACCAUGCACCGUUAUUAUAUUUUUAGUAUUUAUUCACCUUUUUGUGCCUCUUUUCCUUAAAUCUUUCCUUAAGAUGUGCUUUUAGAUUUCGAGGAGCGGAUGACUUUGAUUUAUCAUUGGAUGUGCAGUGUGAUCUGGAGUAUACUAAUGAGAGAUAUGGGGUCAACCUAUUGGCAUCGGUGUCCAUCAAUAUCUAGAGGGGAGAUGGUUAUAGUCUCUUGUAAGGAGCAGCAGAUCAAUGGGGCCACCAGCUGCUCCCACCUACUCCCUGUCUCAUCAUGACUGUACAGCAGACUAGUCUUGUGACAGAGGCAACAUUUUAUUUCUUCAUCACAUUAUAGUCUUUCAUCAUCUCCUUCCUAAGAUGCAUCUGAGGCACGUAUCCAGGUCAGAACAUGGGCAACUGUGUGUAUGUAGGAGCAGGGUGGUGUGUUGGAGGUGCCAUUUGAAGGUGGGGGAGGAAGAGAAUGAGGGAGGGAGGAUGAGUCAUGAUGUCCCAGCAGGUCAAAUGUACUUUCCCACCUGGAAAGGAAAACUGAACAAACCUGUAUCUGAGAUCGAACAGAGAACAUCUUGGCCUUAAAUCCAGUCUCCUCAAAGUAAAGAGGAUUUUCUUAAGUAUUUAUUUAUUAGCCAUCUUUCACAGUGGGGUCUCUCACAGUCAUAGAGCCUCUUCUUUCAUUCUGAAAUAAUUUCACUUCUCUAAGAGCCUUAGCAGGAUUACUGCUAUGCUGAGAAACAGGCUUUAGCCUCAUACAAGAAGACCUGCCCAUGAAGGUUUACACCGAAGAUUACACCGUGAGAGGGUUUGUAGGCUGGAUUAAACUCUGGUAUUAGUCCUAAUAAAACUGUCAGCUCCUCUUAAUUUACUCCUAAUUCCUUCAUCUGAAAUGUGUGAAUGGGCAAAUGUGUUUUGAUCUCUCUUUUAUAGUAUAAGUCUUUAAUUUGAUAGUGCAUCCAGACGUUCAAUCAAAAUAUUUUUAAGCUUUUCUGUUGAGCUUUCACAGUGAACGGGAAUAGCCUCAAACGCUAUCUUUCUUGUGGACUGGACAGACAUACUAAUGACAGGGUUGUCACAUAUGUGAAUUUUUUGCCAUGGCCUCCAAGGUAUAUCAGCUCUAACCGCACUUACAUCUUGUAGCCCUAAAGCAUAUUGUUAAUUGGAACAGUGGAUGGUCUUCCUCUUGAUAUGAGAGAUUUCAGAAGCAGCUAUCUCAUAUUCUGUAGCCUGGCAUCCAUGAAGAUCCAUAACUCUGGACUGUAUAAAUGUGGUGGUGAAGUGUUGUUUUCAGUAGCAUGUGUGGGAUACUGGUUUUCCUGUUGUCGUUGCAGCACAGUGAGCCAGAGUUUUCUUCUGCAUCAUUUCACAUCAUACCGAAGGGAUGCGUAAUGUGACGAUUCAUAGUGAGAGAUGAAUCAAAACUGCCAGAUGUCAGAGAUUAAGCCCUGUUAGUCAUUACCAAACAUCUUUGUCUGGAGCAGGUACAUCAAUGCUAAUCAGUGAGCAGGUUUGCUUUAUGGCAGCAUUAAACUCUGCAUGAAGUGUUAUUGCUUUGAAACGAUAAUUUAGACUUAAUUUGGUUUUCAGUUCACUGACAUUUCAUAACUAUAUACAAUCACAAGUCUUAGAUGAGGUAGGUAUCAGUCCAUGUUGAUAUCAAAGCAGCAACCUCAUGUGAAAAUAUGAAGCCAAUAUGGAAAUGCAAAAAAACUGUCUGUCUUAAAGAGCUGAUGAAACUCCAUCAAUGAUCAUGUAAAAAUGCCCAUAAUUACAUGGUUAUUGGAUGGUACAAAAACUGUUAAGGUCCCCAGAUCUUAUUUCUUUAUUUGCACACACCACACAGAAGUGAAUGUGAGCUCAUCCAUUUUGGUUGGAUCAUGACUUUGAGUUAUUCACAGAUUUGCAUAAUAAUGGGUGUGGCUGAUAGGACUGGCAGGUGGAUGUGUGCCAGGAGGCUCCACCUCUUUGCCUAUGUCUAUAAGUUUACCAAAAUUUAUGUUAAGGCAAUGUUUCCAAUAUAGUGAACCCCAUUGUUAGACCUUGAGAGGCCUCUUAGUUUCUAAAACUCCAUCCAUAUUCAGCCAACGUUGAAAUCUGACUGCUAGUAAACAGAUUAUAUGGAAUAUAGUCUAUGUCCACGGAUACACUGACAUUCAGACAACUUGUUAUGUUAUCAUCGUACCAUCAUUGUAUCAGCUCUAUGAUUUGAGAUUAAACAUACCUUUAUAUAGAAUAUUUAAACUAAAUUUUACAUGAAUGGAGUCAAAAAUUCUCAAGUCAGAGACUGUUGUAAUGUAAUUAUACCACAGUGUAUUGUUAGUGUUGAUUAGUAUAGGAUGCUGCAGAAAUUUAAGCAUUAACACACCCUGUAAACUGGCUCUGUCUGUCAGCACCUGUGCAGUCACACUUCAAAGCUGUAUGUGCCACUUACUCAUACUGUUCUCUCCUGUCCUUGCUUGUGUUGUACAUGGGAUCUAAAGAACAACACUUUGAUUUAAGCGUCUGAUAAAUACAACGGUAAGAUUUUAACCUUUUUGAUUAAUGCUGCAAAAGUUAAACAAAACAUGAUUUUGAGAUUGAGAUUUGAGAUGGCAAAGAAACAGUUCCUGCUGCAGAAAUGGCUCAAGACCUGAUCUAUCUGUCGCUAAGAUUUGGUAGCACACCUAUGGUGUAAAUUCUUAUAUCAACAAAAUAUGAUGCCAGACUGCAGCUUGUAGCUUCAGAGGACAAUCAGAUUUAAGAAAGCAAUCCCACUAUGAUUGUGCCCUUGUGCAGCAAUAUUUCAUACAAAAGGAGAAGGAGGGGGAGGGAGGGUUGGGACUACAGAUAUGCUUGGCUUUAGUCUGCCAGCUCUGUACUUAUCGAGAUAAAUGCCCGCAGUGUGAACUUGAGCCUGAACACUGCAUUCCAGCAGAGAGGCUGUAAGAGAGCAGUAUUGCAGACCAAACCUCCUGUUUCUACAUGUUUCAGGAAGCGCUGAAGGUCUGGGAAAGCAUACAGCAGACAGGAAGGAAAGGGAGGCAGAGAAUAAGGGAGGAAAUAACAGGAGGUUAGGAUGUGCGUUUGAGUGUGGCGCAAGAGAUUACAUGAAAAUGUUGAGUCACAAAGGCCCUGCUUGGGUAAACCCCCGUCAUCCCCUUUAACAACAGCAAUUUGCAGGCCUCGUGCUGGAAUAUACAGAUCACGAACCUCCCACCCCCAUCUGCCUUUCACUGCAGCAACACAAGAGGAUUUAAAAAAAAAAGAAAAGAAAGAUAAGGACAACCAGAUUUCCCCCCCCUCCCUCACACACACACACACACACAUACACACACAUAAUACAAAUGCGCACACACUCUCUGCCCUACACUCACUUAAUUAAUUUCAGAGCCAGGAGAUAAUCGGGUUCCACUAAUGGAUUCCCGUGUGCUCGCUGUUCUCUGCUUGUAUCCGUGUGCCAGUGGGCAUAAAACAUAUCAUUUUAUCGUAUCACUUGUUUUCCUCCCUGUUCUCCCUAACCAGGCUUUCUCUUGAAGGUUUUAUAACGCAGCACACACACACACACACACACACACGCACACACACACACACACAUAUAUAUGCAGAACCUGGAUUAAAUCCUGCAGAGUCAUUGUGAUGUGAGUGCUUCACUGUACUGCAGGAGAAGAGGGCUGGAAAUGUGGCUUUUGAAUUGAGCUGUUAGCAGAGGUGACAUAUGGGUAAAAGACAUAACUGCAUACUUUGGGCCAUUCUUGCAACUGCCUACAUCCAAAUAGUGCUUCAUGCUGGAUAGUUACAGGGCUAUUGGAGAAGUUUCCACUUCCAGUUAUGCUGAGGGUUGCCUGGAGAUUCAUGGUUGGAAACAGCCCAGUGCUUAUAUGCUGGUUAAACGGACACAACCUACAUUAAACUUAAACUUCAUUUCCUAUUCAUUUCUAAUUUUCAUGAGGGAACCCUCCUAAAAGGAUCAAUAAAAUUCUAUCGAGUGUAAUCGAAUCUAAUCUAGAUCAAAAUACUGCCUGACUGUGCCACGCUACGAGAUGUCAGAGCAUUAUUGCAUCAUCAGUGGACAGUGACUGGCACGUGACAGCCCAGCAGCUCAGACCCAGCAUUUGCCCAGUGUUUCGGGCCUUCAUGGUCAUUCUGGUGCAGAGAACUAGGGAGACAGUGGUUAAUUUUUAGUCAAGGGAGUGUACAUCUGUUUGUGCGUGCCAUGUCGAAAAGAGAGUUGCUCCUCCAGUUUUAAGUUUAAAAAUCUGUUUAAGAAAGUUUUUUCAAUACCAGCAUCACCUUGUCCUCUGUUUCUGUCUUAAGUGCCGUUCAAGUAUUGGCCAGUACAUUAGUCAUUGCGUUGAUUUGAUGCCAGUGCCAGAGAGAGAAAAGUGGUUUUAUUCCUUUGACCUUUCAGAAAUACUCAAAACUUUGCAGCCUAGAUUGAAAGUGAGUGAUUUCCGGUUUUGAGUUCAGUGUUAUUUGUGAGAAAGCCUUAUCUCUUUAUGUCAUCUCUAUAGCCUUUCAUGUAUAACAGGAUACGCUGCAUUUGAGGAGUUGAUUUAAUUUGCUUCCCCAGACUUGAAGGCUGUUUCUAGGUUAUGAAUAAUCAAGAAACAACCUUCUUAAAAAGAAACUAGAUGAAAGAUUCUCCCCAAAGAUUGCGAUACUUUUCAUCAUCCCGCCUACUGAAUGUCAGAUUAGACAUAUAUGUAGAAUCAUGGGGCGAUUUUGAGCUUUGACUUUGAGGUCAUAUUAAAAUUGUGUCUGUGGAAGAUGAAGCCCAGAUGAAACAGCUUUUCUGUGUGCUGCGUGUACACUGCAUUUUUGCGCAUGUUACAAGUCUGUCCGCUGUCACCUAGAGGGAUUGAGAUACCAGCACACCCGUUAUGAUCACAUCCAGCUGUGGCCGCUCUCCAGAGUCUUGCAGGCCUGAGAUAUCAGUAAGCCUAAUGGGGUCGGAUUUCUGCACAAAAAAAAAAAAAAAAAAAAGUUUAAUGCUGCAUCGGCCGAAACUAGAUGUUUGUCCCCGCCACAGCCAGUGGGAGGUUUCAGAGGAGAAAGCAUCUGCAGUGUGGUGAUAACACUUGUCCUCCAUGUUUAGGAAAGGAAGGAGGAAAGAGAGAGAGAGUGCAGUGGAACAGAUUGAGAGAGAGAGAGGGGAAGAGAGGGGGGACUGCCCUGGCACAGCGGAUGAUUUGAGAAAGAAGAGACAGCACAAGGGUAAAGGAGGAGAGCGAGUGUGAGUGAUGUAGAGCAUGCAGAAUGUUAUGUGGGUUGUAGGGUGGAGUGCAUGUUAAUGGAGGAGGAACCCAGCCCUUACUGCAGCCGAGAGAGCAUGGAGAGAUCCAUCUCUGUCAUGUACAUGUACUCACAGGUGGCCUUGACUUUAGACAAGGAGAGUAAAAACCCUUUGGCUUGCAGGGAGCACUGAGUUGUACUGCUGCAAAAAUCUAAUUUCCUUAACGGCCUUGGUUGCAGGGUUUAAGAGGGUCUGGGGUUGGAGCGUCCGAUGCGACUGAUCAGACCUGUAUUAACAUUCAGGAGAGGAACAUUGAAGGCGGAAAAAUGGAUCUACUUUUUGGCAGCUCGUUUUUGCUUUGCCAUCAUUUGCACAGAGCUCCAUCAGCUCAUUUCUCACAUAUUUGUCAAAUACCACAAAGACACAGUGCUGUAUAUUGAUAAAUAGAAACCACUUACAUACUCACAGUUAGGCCACUUUAAAUGUGCACACAGACACACACAUUUCCCACACACUUGCUGCUUUAUAAAGAUGGCACGCUGCAAAAGCGGCAUCAAUUAUUGAACGCCACGGAAAGGUCUGGGCUCUCGCUUGUCGACGCGGCUUUGGCACUUGUCACGCAGCCUUUCAACGCUCCUAUCUCUUCAUGCUACCUGGUUUUUAUUUCCCCCGCUACCCCACCCAUCCCCACCCUCUAAGUCCACACAAAAGAAAAUCCCCACGCCUGUCUCCUCCUCUCCCCAGCUCCCCUCAUCCCCUCUCUGUCUCUGCCCGCCACAUCCCAGAGGCUCUCAUUACCCCACCCCUCCCCACUCUCUCACCCAGACACCGCUCCUCCAUCUGUCUCAGCAGCUUUCAGUGGCCAGUGACAUCUUUUCACUUUCUCUGUGAUUGUCCUUGAAUAAUUCAUGCUCCAAACUCAGCCCUCGUUUUGUUAUUUUAUAUCUGAACUCUGCUGCUCUUCCAGCUUUUUCUUAUUCUGGAUUUUAGCUUGAAGUUAGCUUGAUAUUUCAUGCUCAAUAACUUGUUUUUUGAGAUUACACAGACGAUAAUGCAAACCACAUAUGAAUCAAUAAAUAAUUGGAUUCAUGAUCACCAAAGGAGGAACAACUCGUUUAAAAAUGACAUCUGAUGUUUUCCCAGAGACCAUUGGCAGCAGUUGUUUACUUUAUGCGUUUUAGGAUGGAGUUUACCUUAGAGGAGUGUACUCUGACAGCAUUCAGUAGGAGUGUGAAACUUACCCUCCCUUCUCUUGAGACAAAAUGUUCCCACAGCAUUUGACUCAGUGCUCAGAAGUCAGCAACUCUAUCAUAGAUUCUGUAGAGGCUGCCUGAAAUUGAUUUGCUUCAAUUUUAUACAGUGUACACAGAUGGUGUACUGCUGUAAAUAACCAUGCUGGUGUUGCAAACAGCCUUAGACGGCAAGUAUUUCUUCCUACUGCAUGGUACAACUAUACACAACUAUAAGGCUUCAUGAUCAUGGUGAUCCUGUAACAGGUAAAUCAUACUGAAUACAUGUAGUGUGUUAAUUAUCUACACAUACACAAUCAAGAUUCAUGGUUCUUUCUUUGCAAGUCUUUUGCAGACCAUGUCCAAACCAUCGUCUUCCACUAGGUUCAGCUCCUACCAGCGAUUCUCAGACAGAGGUUUGAAGAGAGUACAAGUAGUAGUAGAUAACAAGUUUGACCUGAGUGGAGCAGUUGUGUUAUUCUGAAUGUCAUCUACAGUCUCUAAUCAGGACAUAACAAUUAGUUUCAACAAAAAUUAAUGACAAAAAUAACUCGGGGCAAAUUGUUGAUAGUUACCUGGUUAUGUGUUUUCAUGCCAUGAGCAGACAUAACACCAGUUCCCAUAGCUAAGUUGCAGAGAGAGAACCAUUGCUAUCUAAGGAUGUGCCGAUAUGCUAUUGAUAAUCGGGGAUUGAUCUGUUAUCAGCAAUAUAACUAAUAUCGGAAUAUAUCGGCCUGCAUCUAAAAUCUCCGAUAUAAGCAAUCCGAUACAAGCAGCCCGCUCCAGACUCCGCUUCAGCACCUCCAUCUAGCAGUGCCCAGACCUAGCAUGCAGAGCCCACACAAUAACAACAACAGCGUAAGGUACUAACCAAGUAGCAAGGAGUAGGAGUAAUGUCAGCCGUGUGGCAGGAUUUUUUUUUUUUAAGUCUGAAAAAGAUGUUGCAACUCAGUGCAAAACCUGUCAUGCACAAAUGUGCCAAUAUCAGAUCAAUACCGGUAUUGGCCAAUACUGCAGGCAACAAUAUCGGUAUGAUAUUGGAAGUAAAAAAGUUUUAUCAGGACACCCCUAUUGCUAUGUCCACUGAGUGUUCUGCAAAACAGUAGCAAAAAAGUGACAGGUAAACAAAACAGAACAAAAUGAUGGUGGUCAAUGCAACACCAUCACGUUUGUCAGCGUAAGCAGAUGAAGAGAAGGCCUGUUAAAUGUCUCCUCUUUUAAGCAUCAGCAACAUAUUCAUUUCAGCAGUCCAAAUUUAGAGCCAUGCUGUGUGAUUUUUAGUGUUCUCAUUUUCCCCACUUAAUUGUCUUUUAUUUCUCUCUUCUUAACACAAAAAGUGGAGCAGCAGACUCUUCUUAUAAUACUGCAGUAACCAUGGUUCACAUUAAAACUAAAUUGACUGUCUUACAGUGUCAUUCGUUAAGCUUGAAGACUACUGUUCAGUUUUAGCUGAUAGCUAAAAAAGAGCCAAUAAGUAGUGGUGCAGUUUACUGUCUAAUAAGUUGACCAAGGGCCUGAGCCCACUGUGGUUUAUGGGCUGGCAGUACCCAGUGUCUACACAAAAACAAUCCAGUUAAGCCCUUAGUUCCCUAUCUUCAAAAAUACACUUUCAAACGCUAGAGCUUCUGCUGAUACUUCAAUAUGAUUUCUGCUGUUUACUUUUGUGUGUAAAUUUACAUUGAAGCAUUUUGAAUCUCACAGAGAAAUUUCAAACAAACUUAAUAGUAACUUUAAAGAGAAGCGUACAUGCUGCAGAACAACCUGAACAGCGUGGCACCACACCCCCUGUGAGUUGAGAUAUUGCAGUGGGCACUGCCAUUGCAAAUUGAAGUCAGUGGACACGGGCCCUUAAUGUUACUACAACUUACAGACUUAAAAAAAAGCUGUUUAUAGCAGCCUUUGUUUUUAAUAGUGUUUAUUUUGAUUUUAAUACAGAAUUCACUGUCUUACUGCCUUUUGACCGUCUUAGCUCUUUCCUGCACCUGCAGUGCAGUUGUAGCUGCAGGAAAGAUAAGGGGUGUACAUCUUUUUGUUGUCUACAUAUGUAGACACAGCCUCCAUACAGCAACAGGACAAGGUGCCUCAGAUAAUGGGCAAAGGCUAACUUGAAAACCACGUCAUGUAAUUAUCUGUGACAGUAGCUGUGUUCCUUGCAUGUCUACAGGCGUGUGAAAUAGACUGUGCAUACACAGCAGUCAGUGAGCUCUGGUCUGGUGGUGGAUCAGAUUUUUAAUAUCUGACUUAAUUACUUCUGUCUGUUUGAGUCUUGUGGGGUCUCUAAUCACAUCAACCAGCAAAAGCAUAGAUGUCUUCAACUUGAUCUGCUCUUUCCAGUGGGACAACAAUGAUUUUCAUAUUGCUUUGAGGAUGCUGACUCACUAUUUCAUUAAGGCCUCGUUUCAAAUUAUUUUCUCUGUUUUUUUCAAUGUCACUAUUUGGCACUUUUUUGCAUUGCCUUUGAUGAGGCUCAAAGUGAGCUAAGCUUCUACUGAAAGAUUUGGUUCAAGCAUUAUUAACAAUGCUAUUUUUUGAGUUAUUAAGUGUUUGGACUAAAUGGUCAAAGAGAAACUUCCGGCAUGUCAACACAAUGCAGCAUAUCAUGCACAAACUUAAAGUAGUGGAAUAGCAUAUCUGCAGUAGCUUUUGCUAUUUGUUUUCUCACUAAUGUCUAUAUUUUGCAGCCUGCAUCACUUUGAGGAUCACAGGAUCCAGCUGGCAUUGAAGGGGGCUGUCUGAAGUGAAAACAAAAUCAAUAGAAGCACCUGGUUCCAAAAUUGCAGCAAGUCAGGUUGAGUAGUGCUAUACAGUGUUGAGGAAGGGCUCAGGUGAUGCUUCUGUUAAUAUUCCAGUCUUACAUUCAGAGGACAGUUAUGGGGAGAGACAAAUACUGUUUCAUUUCUUCUUUCCCCAGCUCAGGGUUACUGUGCCAAGGCUGGGCUGUGCCACUUAAAAGCUAAUACUCACCCAAGCUCAUCUGACUGAUUGCGCACUUCUCUUGAGUGUAGCAGUGGCUAAGAAAAAAAAAGGAUGUAAUGAAAGCACAAAGCUCAAAUGGAGGUUCCAGGCCCCGGUGAGGGGUCUUUUGUACAGAUCGCCUCAGUGAUUAAACCAUUUUCCCUUCACUUGGACAGCCUGUGGAGACUUUAUGGCCUGAGGAAAUGAGAUAACACUAAUAUUUAAUCUACUGAGUGAUUCUGCAGACCGCACAGCCAGCACACAUUAUCUCUCUUAAGUGGCCCGGUCUGAAAUAACACUGAGACAGCUAAUGCAAGACAGGACAUGUCAGCUUGGUAUGAUCUCACUUAUUUUUUGUCAACUUUCUUCUACCACUGGAAGUAUCAACUAUCUUUGUGAGCAGGAUGUGCACAGACAUUGCAGCUGCUAAAAUUGAAGGAAAAUGAUGUCAUUGCUUUUUAUUCAAUAAUCACAUGAUUCUCAUUUUUUUUAUGUAUCCCAUCUUUUGCCACAGUCUGUUUAGAAGUCUUGGAAGAACAGACAGUUGACAAAAAUGGAAACCUGUGAGCAGAGCAUACCCAGACCUCUGUAGGAUAGCCCAUAUGGGGUUUGAACUUUUGUGGCUGAUAUUUAUGGUAAAACAGCAAAACAAUGCACAGGAGACAGGAUGAGAUCGGAAGAGCAGCCUGUGCGUCUUUAAUGUACAAUCAGAACAGAUGACAAACACAGUCUCGGCAAAACCCAAGGAGAGGAGCCCCAGGCUUCUCUCGCUCACACUUUUAUACUGCUGAGUGUGUGUCAGAAUACAAUGAUUGUGUAUUACUUGUGUACUACAAAAGUGCACCCCUUAUAUGUGUAUUGCAUAGUUUUAGAGCUCUGUAACUCAAAUCUGUGUGUGUGUAACUGCACACUUUUCCCGUCAUCUAUGCAAUCACAGGGGGGUCGUCAGAGGACAGGUCAGUGUUCGGAAAUUCACCAGUUGUUUGGAAUAUUCUUGGGCUUCCCAGAAAAUAUCUUUUUUGGCAACCCAAUAAGUUUUGGUCAUUGCAAAACAUCCUGGGUUGUGCAACCUCAGACUGCACAACCAGGCCUAACCCAACAUGUUUAUGAAUUCUCAAUAAAUGAUAAUCAUAUAUUGAUUUCUUUUUUUCUUAUGAAAAAAUGGCAUGAAUUCACCUUUUCUGUUUCCACUUUCCGUAUCUAUUUACAAGGUUUAGGUAUCAUGCAGAUGUUAAAUCAUGAACUAGAGGUGUAAAGGUACAUAUUUGUACUAAACCAUUUUGGCACAGGACUCCUGGUAUGGUGCACAUGUGUACUGAACUGAAUGAAAGUAGCCUACACAAAAUCCAAGUUCCUACAUGACAAGAGGACAGAAGUGAACCACGCAAAGAACAUGCUGGUCCUGUCGUGUGAGAUGGCACAACACACAACAACAAAGAAUUAGAAGAUCCUUCACUGACAUGAAGGUCAACUGAGUGGGAACACAACAGUUUUUCCGUGGAAUAUAACAAUGGAGAAAGACAAGUGCAUAUGACGAAAGCAGUUUUGGCAGGUUUUAUUUCCGGUGACACGUCGAACUUGUAAACACAUUUAAAGCAACACUACACAGACCUAGACCUAACCAUUACUACAAUGAAGGAAAAAAAGACACUGUUGUUCAAUUGCAGCUGCCUUUGCCAUUCAGUAGCCUUUGUCUGGUUAUCCAGAGCAGACUAAAGCAAUAACUAUUGGUGUUUUUAUGGCUGCAGAUCUACGACCGUAUUCAUUUGUUAAGAACGCAGGAUUUAAACAUGUUAAAGUUGACAGAGGCUGAUAUAAAACUCCCUCGUCUGCAUUUCAGCAACUGAGUCAUAACAGCCUUUUAUGAUAGAUCAAUAGCUGCUGUUGUGCACUACUUGUCCGAUGCAUUUGCUGCUCUGACGAAAGAAAGAUGGACCUCUAGAGCAAGCAAGAGCGACUUAAUAGUGACAUGCCCAUCACAUCAAUCAUAAGUGAAACAUGUCAAGCCACGUUCUGCAAAUUCUUCCCAUGUGAGAUUCCUCUUGGAUUUGUAUAUGUACCAAAAAUGAAGCAAACCAUGACCUGAAAACUAAGGUUUUUAUGUACCGUUACACCCCUGGUAUCAACUUGUGAAUUUUUUAAGGAUAAUUCUGUAAGGACUCAAAGGGAAGAUGUUUUUCCCAAUAUAUUAUAGCGAAGCUCUGUAGUUUAGAUGAAUUUGCACUGCAAAAAACCUCCAGCAGUAAUCCAGUGUAAACAUUAAGUUUUCGUUCACCAUGAAUAGUCUGAAAAGCCAGACUCAGCAGUAGGCCCAGCAUUGCAUAAGUAAUUUAAGUGGCAUGUUAACAGCAGACAGACAGUGAUAAGGGAAGCUAACCAAGCAUUAAGGCAGACACCUGCUGAGGACAGAGAGAUGAACCAAACAUACAGGGGAUUUCUCAUGAGAGAGAGAAAGAGAAAAAGAGAGAGCAAAAGAGAGAAAGAAAGACAGGAAGGAAGGAAAGAAAGAAAGAGGGGAAGAGGGAGAAAAAGAAAAGGCAAACUGAUAAAAAGCUGGAAAGAGAGAAAGAGAGUCUGAGUGACAUGCUUGAAAUUCUGUAGGGAACCAGUUGCUACGGUAACAGGGAAGGUAGCCGGCUCCUGUGGGUGGAGUUACCAUGGCAACCACCCUCAGUGGCCAAGUGAUGCUGAGAGGAAGAACAUGGAGGAGAGGGCUUUUUUUAUAAAAAAGAAAUGUGUUUACGAGUUCAAUGGGAACGUGUGAAAGAACGGCAAGUGAGUGGAAGCUGUUGUCGAAUGAAGGAGAAUGACCGCACUGUAUUACUAGUUUGCACUUUAUGCCUGUUUCUGUCUUUGUUUGUUUGUUUCUUGCUUUGCCAGUCCCAGCAGACCCUGCAUUUGUUGUUGAUCCCGCUGUUCAUUAAUAGAGCACCUCAUUAGCAUGAACAAAGAUGCUGUGCAGGGCAGCACACUCUCUGAGAAAUCCUGGUAGGAGGUUUUCCCCUCAAUAUGUCUCUGCAGCUCACAGGGCUAAAGCUGGCCAUGCUGGGCUCUUUUAUCAGUGAGUGUGUGUGUUUUGACCUCUCACUGGGAGUUAAAGACCUGCUUGUUCCCACUGUGGUAAACUCGCAUGCCUUUGGACAAACACGGUAUACCGACAUGUUCUGAAAUUCGGUAAAAACCCUUUUAAACCUCGCAAGUACCUGUUUAAUGCAUCAAAUAUAGCCUGGAUCUGGGGCUGCCACUACUUCUAAAAAAUCAUCUGUUGCUUUUAGCUACCAGCUUACUUCCACAGGUUAACAAAUACAAAUAAAAAUUAUGAUACUGAAUGCACACAGCUGCACAUCACUCUGCCGUAUAUCUCACAUUCUCUUUGGGAGGUUCAUAUAACAUAUAACCUCAAAGCCUCAUUUCCAUAAGAUGCAUCUGCUCGACAGGCCCCCGAGAGACCAAGCAUGACGUGAUCAGAAUUUGCAUGUGCAUGAAACAGAAAGAAAAAUAGCUUUAUGAAUGUUUUAACCCCACCCCCCCACCCGUCCUCUGCUGCCUCCACACAUGCUAUUCCUCCUACUGACAGUUUUUGCUUUAUUUGUGGCCUUACUACUGACCAUGUUCAUUCAUUUUAACAUAUUUUAUAAUUAUUUGACAUGCUCAUAUUUAAAAAGAAAAACCUAUAAGAAUUCAAAUUAUAAAAAUCCAAAUGUAGAACAAUCAAACAUGCCUAUUAGUGUAUUAGGGCCAUAAACAUGCAUUCAGCUAUAGUAUGGUUAAAGGAAAUGUUCCCAUGUGUCACAGGACUCCCGAAAAUAAUGUGAGCUCUUGCAAAAAAUCAAGACUUCACUUGAAAUGCUCUUAAAUCAGCAUGUCCACUUGCAUGGAAACAGUCCUAUUUUAGUUUUUGUUGAAUUUCAGCACAGACUCACCUCACUGUAUGAAUCAGUGAGGCGCUGAUUUGAUGAUCACUUGACUGACCGAACAAAGGCAAUCUGCUGGAAUUUUUAUGACAGCUAAAUGAUUACGUCAUCACCCAUGCAAGCCAGCACCAAAUUAGUCCGUUUACUGAAUUAUCAAGAAGUGUUAGUCAUAUGUUGCCUCUUAACUGGAACACAACCCCUAAACACUAGGUGGAGCUACCUCCACAGUGCUUUAAUGCACCGUUCCGAUGAAAACAAACAGAUGUUGGAUGGUGUCCAGAAGCACAGCAGUGUUUUGAUCGAAUGCGAACAAAUUUGUAUGUAAGCUGUGUUUUGGAGGGCUGAACAGCUUAUACAUUCAACUGAAUCAUGGUGUAACUAGUAUGGGCAUGUGGGCGUUAACUGGAGGCUGGUGGUGCUAGCUCUGCUGACUUCAUUCACACACAGCAAACCAUUUGAUAGUGUUUACCCUCAGACUGUCAACUAGUGCCCAAUUUUGACUGUAUUUUGAGUGGUUUAUUUUUAUUUAUUUUUUUUAUAUGUAGUUGGUUUGAUGGAAUUAAAAAUUGUCUUUGAAAAAAUAAGUGAAUUAGUUGCCUUGCAGCAUCUGAGUAAAUAUAUAUGUAACUGUAACUGCUGUUGUUUCAUUGCUAAUACCAGUUUAAUUUCCUACCUCAAAUGGUAAUUUUUAUUGAUGCAGUAUCAACUCACACUAAUACUCUAGUUAUGUGAUUUCAAUUGGUAUCAGGAAGAAAAAAAUGCUGUUAGAAUUGUUAAUUUAUGUAAAAAAUCAUAGCUCAGUAAUUACAAGUUAGAGACUGACAUGCAAGGUGCAGUGUGCAGCAGCUAUGUUGAAUAUUUAGUUGGUGUAGCAAGUGUCAGAAAGCAGAAAAAGUAGGGCUGAGGGAGAGAUGACAUUCAAAGUCGAAUUCCCAGAAAGAAAGACUUCAGUAGAGAUCGACUGCACAAACAAGGGAGUCAGAGGCAGAGUGAGAGGCAGCAGAGGCCCAGAGUGUGAGGUAUAAAGGAAGCUAGAAGAAGCAUCAGAUGUUAUUGAUGCUGGCUGCUGCCUGCUGUUUGUCAGGGAGACUGUAGAAAGACAGUCUGUCCUUAAGUGGAUCAAUUAUUAUAGUCCUUCAACCUAAACAAGCUCUCAUUUAGGCUUUAAGGUAGCUGUAAUCUACUUAAAUCUUGCUCAAGGGCAUUCCACUGUCAGUGUCUGCCACUGCGUGAAAUACACCAUAACUCACUCUGCUGUAAAAUAAAGUUAUCAUCUAUGAAUACAUGUCCUCUUGGGGCUGAAAUUAGAAAUUGUUUUACCUCUUUAACCUGCUGAGUUCAAGAUUUGGUUCCAGAGUGGAUUACACGUUUGUGAGAAUCAGCUCAAAGCCAAUCUGUCAGUCAUUUAAAUGAGGGACGCUCAUUUACAACACUCAGAACUUAUUUAAAUGCUGCUCCUGUCUUAUUAUAGUCUCAGGAUAAAGAUAUGGAAAUUACUUUUACAAUUUUUAUCGUUAUAAAAUGCUUUUCCCAUUAUCCACACCAAAAGAUUUUAAACUAUAGUGGAGGAAAGGCAUCAGCAGUCUGUAGAGUAAUGUCUUUGGGUUUUAACAUUUCAGCCUUGAUAAAAUGCAUUACUAAUAGAAUUUUUAGCCUUUGAGAUCCAGCAACGACUCAAGCCUUUUCAACGUAUUUACUGUAUAAACACAGAUUUGGAGAGCUUGUUUGCAUUGUGUCAGUCUCAAUCUGCCUGCAGAAAAUCCCUGAUUCAGUGGCAAUUGUGUUGACAUUAGGAUGUUUUCAGAUGGACCUGCACAGCUUAAAUCUCUGCUAAGCCUUUGAUUCCUUCAAUCCCCCGAGGUAGCUCUUCAGCCUGAAAUCAUAUCUGCGGGCUCACACAGUGUGUUGGCAUUAGCGUGUUGGCAUUUCUAUGUUGUGUUGCUUAACUGUGAAGAGGGUUCAGCUGUGUUAUGUAACAGCAGAAAUUCAUCAAUAAUGCUCCAAGAAGAUGAAGUCCUUUUGGUUGAGUUACGUGGAAGAAUGACUCUCAGUCUUUUCAGACUCUGAUUUCCUGGCCUGGUUUAUGUAGCAGUAUUUUACACUCUUUUUUUUCUGUCACGUAUCAGGAGUAUUACAGAGAGUGGAUAGUAAAAUGCCAUGACAACUCGCUUUUUUUCUUUGGUCUUUUCUGGGAAAAAAGGCACAGAAUAGCGUCAUUACGGUGUGUGACUCAGAAGAAGCAUUUGUCAAAAUGUGGGUGGAACGGAGCGAAAAACAUGCAUAUAUUUUCUGCCUACUUGAUGCAACGCAAGUAUCACAAUCACUUGUUUCAGUCUGGAUAUCAUCUAAAACAACCUUUCCAUACAGCCGAGAACAACAUGCAUGAAACCAGUUUAUGUGAGUGUUUCCUGUUUUGUUCUUCAAAUUUACUAGUUUCUUUUUUACGAGUUAUACCAAAUCUGCUGUGAAGGGCAGGUGUGUGCAUUACGGGAUGUAAAAAGAUAGAGGAGCAUGUGUAUAAAUGAUCAUUUUUCUGUGGUAUGUGAGUCUCAGAAGGGAAAAUAAGGCUUUUUUCUGUCCAGACAAACUCCCUGCACUGUCAAACAUGUGGGAAAUCUGUUCCCAUGUGAUUCAAAGUGGAGUUAGUAGAGAUGUUCUAUGGGGAAGUAAAGUCGUUGUCCUUCCUUCUUUUUAUCUGAUGCCGACUGUAAAAUACUUCAUAUGAUUGGAUGUGAGGUACAAGGUCCAAGAAAAACUUGAUUAUCUUCAAGAGGUAGUUUGUUUUACAGCCAGCACUGACUAAAACAAGAGAAAGCACUCAGGACGAGCACUGAAAUACACACAUCAAGGGGACAAAGAGUCACACAGUGCUGUUCAGGAGGCUAGUGGUAACAAGGACAAAUGAGUUCUUGAACCUGUUAGGCAGAGUAUAUCUACGACCAGAUGGCAGCAGCUUGUGCUCUGAGUUCAAGGGGUGAGUGUGAACAGCCAGAAUAACCUGUGCUCUCUCACUCUGAAUACAAGGGCAAGAUCCCCAAAAUGUGUGCCAAAAAUUAUUACUGCACAUGUUCCAACUUCUUAUUAAUUCUCAAAGUAAAAGACCCCAAACAGCAGGUAAGAGAAGAACAAAACUUUGGACAGACAGCACCAGUGUCUGCUGUUUAUGCCCCCAGAUAUUUGAGAUAUUUUACAUCCUCAACAGUCUGGCCAUGAAAUAAGACAAGAGGAGAAGGUGAAGGCUACCUCCAAAAGCCAGUGAUCCUUUUUUUACUUAUUGACAAAUGAAUGUGUAUAAAGGAGUGUUUGUGCCACUCACUAAAAUCACCCUCUACUGUUCCACAGUGGAACUCAGUAAUACAGGAAUUUAGUAAGGGGCGCAAACACGCCUUACUACACUAACAUGAAUGUGUCGACAACCAAAGAAAGAAAUAAGUCACACUACAAUAUGACAUGGAACAUAACAAUAUGACACAAUGGAACACAGUAUUAUAAAAUACAAUACAAAAUAAUGACUUGAAUAAGUCAAACAAUAUGUCACAAUAAGUCAUUUAAAACAAUAAGAUACAAUAAAAUACCAUAUUAAACAAUGAUAAAUAUGAUAUGAUACGAUCAGAUGCAUUUUUAUGUUCCUGUGGCCAAAGUCUUCCUGAUACUUGGAAAAAUAUUCUCAAAAUCGUUGGGACAGGGACACUGCUCUGGCCUCAAACACAGACCCCAGUGGGAACAGCUCUAGAUAAACAUAAUCAUAAAUAACCAGUAUCAUGACAUGGUUUGCACUGCCUGCCUCCAGAUCAAUGGAGUCUCUUGCAGUGAAGCCAUCUGACAUGGUCUGUAGUUGAGGCUAUACUUAAAAUCAAAUCAAAUAUUGGGAGCUGGGUUUGGCUGCUGUUGCGGACCGUGAUGAACCCUAGUGAUUAUAGGGCCAUCUGCUCCCAGUGUGCCCAGCUGGAGGCUGGACUGCUGUAAUCUGGACUGAUGAAGGCUGAGUUAGAGAACAGCAGCAAUGUUUGCGCUGUGCUCUGCAACCAGAAGACUCAGUUAUAAUGAUGGGGGAUCACUUGUGAAAAAUUUGAAAUCCAGUUACUUAUUCAAUAAGUCACUCUACGGUUAUAUGUGGUUUAUAGGAGGAAGCUAUGGAAUAAUACAUCAAACACGAUGUAAUCUUUUCCGCUCUGCCCAUCAGCCUCUUCUUAAUAGAAAAUUAAUGGCUUCAAUCAGCCAUUAGUCUGUGAUGUAGAAUAUUGAGUGUCAAUCUGCAGGGCUAGCCUGCUCUAUCCUCCUUUGUCCCCUUUGCAUCAUGAGAGUCUGGCACACUAAUGUUGCCGCUCUCAAAUACGUACAUGCCACACCAGGAAGAGGCCUGAUGGAGCCUAUGAAUAAUUAAGCAACAUGAUUACAAUGAUGAAUGCUCCCAAAUCUAUCUGGCCAUUUAGCACUGUCUGGGGGAGGGAGGGAGGGAGGGAGGCUAAACAGCAGAGUGUCGGGCAGUGUGUGAAAGCUGUUAGGGAGAGAGAGAGAUCAGAGGGUUAUCAAGAAUAGGGUGGCUUUGGGUGGUUCAAGCUCAGCCUUGUGAGAAGGUGGAGGGAAGUGAGAGAGGAAAAAAUAGAGGAAAAGCUAAGGAGGGGCCCUGGGCGCAGGAAGACACCCACUAUUCAGCCAUCUGGGCUGCAGAGAGGCUCAAAGACAUGCUCAGGAAGGCCUGUUUGUGUGAUUGUGUAAGUGUUUGAGUGUUUCAUACAUACAUGGAUUAUGCACCCAAGAGGCCUGUUUGUACAAGGGUGUGUUCUUUGCAAGAGUGUUGGGCAUUUGCUGGUCCAAAAUGUAACUCUUAUCCAAGCUAAAAAAAGGACCAGUCUUGUAGUUUGGAUAGAUCACUGUAGAGUCCAAUGCAAUGCUUCAUUUUCAUUGAGAGCAACCAAUCAUUGGAUUCCUUUGGAAACUUUUAAACUCUCGUAUCUGAUGAGCACCUUGAACUAAUGUUAUUUCUGUUGUUUAAUGCUGCUGCCCUCAGCUUGAAAACUGCUUCAAACCCCUGUUUAGUGUUAUUAUUUCAUCAUACAGCAUACUACAUUACACGUGGAGCCCAUCAGACACACUUGUCAGGAGAUCUUUAGGUCAAUAUCAGUCUCUCAUGAUUGUACUGCUGUUUGUGAUGUAUAUUUUUGCCUGUAUGCAUGGAUUUAAAAUCUUUGCAUGAUUGAACUAACGCCUUUGUAACAUUGUUUUCUGGUGUUUCUGCCAUGCAAUGUGUGCAUAGCUCUGCCUUUUGCACACAUGUUGUAUGCAGUGUGUUUAAAUGGCCGUAAUGAUGACACUCAGUCAAUGGGAAGAAGAGACGUUUUUAUUCUUGCCCAAAUCUCACUGAACACAUCGGUAUAGCUCCAGUGUGAGGAACCGAUUUCUUUCACAUCAAAUCACUGAAAACAAUAAAACCUCUAAACCUUGUCCCAGUCUGUGAUUUAACAUUGCAUAUGGGGAGCAUUGUGGAAGUGCAAGAGGCCUGGACAAGAAGCACCACAUACAUACACAAGUUGUUCCACCCUGCUGGUGGGGUGAGAACACCCUCACCCCAACAUCAUGUCUCGAUGCAUUACAUGUUGCAGACAAAGCAUGCCCCACCUUGAAAAUGACAGCUUGUACGAGCCAUAAGCUAAACCCAGAUGUCCAAAGAGGUUUCUUAACUACAUUGUCAUUGUGCAGUAUGGUUUAUGGGUAUCACCGCUCCUGUGGGGGUUUGCUCUUGAGGGGUCCGACAGCUAUGGGGAUCAAUCAGGUGUAAAGUGAGCUGUUGUCAGUGAGGUUUGAAUCCUCAUGUAUGGAGUUUAUGUCUAUAAAAAAGGCCACGGCUCCAAGCUUUUAAGAUGAUUAAGAUUAUUCUGAUGUCUAAAAAACACUGUAAGAAUCAUCUCAGGUAACAAAAUGCUUAACUGCUAACAAAGGCCCCAGUGUGUCUGCGGCUGUAACCAUGACAUGACUGGUUGCUUCCUGCACAGCAGCACUUUAUUUCCUUGCAUCCACUCAAAGCAUCUAAUGCAUUAAUGGCAUGCAUCUUGACAAAAGGUGACAAAUGAUGAGUGGGCCCCUCCUCUGCACCUCCACCGUUCUGACUUGCCAGCCAAGGCCAGGGGAUUGCAUCAUUACUGAGGAUGAAGUCAUCCUGCAACAUAAGGGUAGAACAGGUGCUGAAAUUUUAAUUAGUACAGGGUGGAGGCUGCUGGAGGAACGUGUUAAUGUACAGCCCUGGCUCAAACCCAGCUCUGACUGACAAAAGUGUAUAUGUUGUUGGGUCAUAUUUAAUGUAGGCUUUUAUUCUGGAUGGAGCACAUAGUGCAGAAUUAUUUCCAUACAAGGAUGGAUUUGGAAAAAUAAUUAACCCCUGUUAUAUCUGCAUCAGCUGUUCCAGGCUCUGUGGGAUCACUUAGCUUGUUCUGAUGCUUUCCGCUGGGGUUACAGUGGAGGUACUGGUGUGAUUAUAAAGUGAAGCUGCACUGUCAGUCCACAAGCAGAGAAGAGGAUGAAAGAUUAUCAUGGGAGCAAACAGAGGCAGAGAAUCUGGUGAAAAGUCAGUAAGCCAAUCGAUGCCUAAUAUCAUCAGUUCAUUUUUAAUGAUGCAGCAUUGCUCUGCAGUGGAGAGCUCUCAGGCCUCUGAGCUGUCUGCCUGUUCAGCCUCAUCAGCACUGGGACAUGAUAUGUCGGACUCCGGAUGGUGAAACAGCGCUUCCUCACUGACCUCUGAACUUCUAUACCUCCCCCACCACGCCUGGAGACUUGAUCUUAGGUAGAUGCUUCAGCACACUGUCUCUCACUGAGACGUGGGAAACAGCUUGCAGCUUGUUCUUUACUCGAGAAGAUGUGUGAUUGUCAACAGAUUAUGAGGCAUUACUGUGAAGCUGACUGGAUCGGUGUGCUUCAGCUGCUGAUGGAGACUGGCUAGGAAUAUUCAGACAUUCACUGCUGUGCUCACUGCGCAAGAGUUUCAACACUUAAAGUGUAAUUGGCUACAAAAUGAGAAAUGUGAACCCCAGUGUCGACACAGAAAUCUUGUUUUUAGUCCAAAGGAAAUUACAGUAUUCAAGAGUAAAUAAAGAGAACAUUUAUAAAAGCUUACUAAAAGAGACAAAAGAAUAAAAGUCUCAUUCUUCACAACCAGGCUCAUGAACCAGAGGUUGCAGCUUGAUCUGUAUCGAGUGUUUAUUAGCAGUAACAUGCCUGCCGAAGGCCUCAGAGCGUUGUUCAAUGAUAUUUUAUCUUUGGUUAUUAGGAAAAGGUAGUCUUUUUUUUUUUCCAAAGAAUUCUUUUAGAAUACAUUAAAUAAUUAAAAUCACCUUAGAGAUACUUCCCAGUGUUAAAUUUUUAUAUAUCAUCCAGCUCAAAUGGGCAACAGUCAUGCUAGCUGCUUUUUGACACCGUACAGAAAUAACAACAAGCCCACUGUGAUGAUAGUGGCAUGUUAACAGAAUGCAUGAUGUUGACCACAUUCAACAUAUAUGUUCUGCAAGUUGCUAUGCUAACUGUAGUACACUUUGGGCCUGAUCUACUAAAAGGUUUGCGUUUGCAAAAACAUGUGCAAACUUGAUAGCGCGCGCAAAGCUGAUCUGCUAACCGGGUGCUACGAGGAUUGCGUCUGUCAAAUGAGCAAAACAUCACACGCAAUCCAUUUCGCGUGUUUGCCAUUAUGAAUAUGCAGAAUGUAUGUAGAUCAUCAGACCAGGAAACCGCUGUUUUGGGUCUAUAUUUAGCGCGUUUAAAGGCACAUGCGAACUGGCACAGCGUUACGCACAAAUGUCCCCAGUCAUUUGAAAUGUUUUUGUUUUUUUUCAUUUGAAAUAUAUUUUCUUGCAUCUGUAAAGCACUUUGAAUUGCCUUGUAUAUAAUUGGUGCUAUACAAAUAAACUUGCCUUGCCUUUCAUGCAGUUGCUGGCUUCCCCAAAAUGAUAGGUGCAACUCCAUGGCUUAAUCUACGAUCACCCUGCUCUCACAAACUCUCUAUGGUGACAGUUGAGAGCGCACGCAAAAUCCUCAUUCAAAGAGGGCAAUCUGCACCACUUUUGCACCUGUUAUAAAUUGUGCAUGCAACGAUAGUAGAUAUUUUAGUUUGCACAUGCAAUUUAGCAUUCGCGAUUUGGGAUCUUAGUAGAUCAGGCCCUUAAACUUUAGUUCUCCAUGCUAGAUAGACAAAGUUAGCUGAGUUUCUUUGGAUUCAUUUUGCUUUGUGGACUGUAUCUUGUUCUUUUUUGAGCCCUAAGUGACCACAUUUGUAAGACAAAGUGGAUACAGUGAUAUUUCUUUUUUCAGGUUGUCAAAGGUUGUCAUGGUAACUUGUAGAUAAUAAAGCACUCUCUGCUAUCAUGUGUUUUAGUUUAACUGGGCAAGUGAUUCAUCAAAUGAACGUCAUGCUUUACCCAAGAAAACUUAAAAGACGUUCCAGAUGUUCUCCAGAUUCCUUCGUGUUGUAUUCACUUGUUUUUCAAGUUAGUGUUUGUUUUUACGAAAUAGAGUUUCACUUUGAGUUCAUUCUGCAAGACGCACUUUGAACAUUAAGAUGUCUGAUGAUCUUUUUAUUUUUUUAAUUCAGGAGUAAUAAAAGGAAUAAUCCAUUCUGACAGCAGAUUAGGAUAAUGCUGUGAGAAUAUAAUGACACAGUACAAAGAAACACCUACAGAAGCACUCACACUCCAGCAAACAGAGAGGGUCUGUGUGACGUCAGCCCCAGAGUGAUGUUUAUGUGAUGCUGCUGUGUAGUGUAGGAGGGGGAGUGAUCGCACUCCAAACUGGGUCAAAAACAAGCAGGUUUUCUCCCGCUGUAGAGGGGCAGGCUAAGAGAGGAGCACAUCUCUGAGCAAUAUUUAAUGUAGAGGUUAUCACGACAGGGAGAUCUAAUCUGCUCUCAAAUCAGUUUGGAGAUUGGGUGUGCAUCCUCGCCAUGCUCGAGGUCGGGGCCUCAAGCUCCUGAUGGACUACUAUUGAUUGGGGGAACGUGGCGAUACAGUUGCAGUCGCUCAGCAUUGAUUUUCUGCAAGUGCAGGAGUGGAGAGCAGGCAAAAAGAGAGAGCUGGACCAGGGAGAUCUGCCAGGUUAUCUUCUCAAAUAUCCGGAUGGGAUUAUUUUUUUUCCCCUUUGUCGGACUGACCUUCCUUGAGUCAAAGAGAUAUGUCUAUCUAGACAUGAGCUCAGCAGCUACACCAAGCAUGCAGUUUUAGCAGCUUCAGCAGCUCAUCUGACAUUACACUUAACAAACAGAAAAGCUCCAUAUAAGCUCAGAUAGUAAACAGGAGUCUUUUUAGAAACAACUUAACACUUCAAACUCUGAGACUUAAUCAUAAAAAUAAAUGUUUGUUGCAAGAGAACUCUCAGAAUUACAGUUCAAAAAUUUUCCAAAGCAUUUUACAGCCAUUUUUUAAGCGUUUCCUUUCAUGUAACAUGAGGGCUGAUGGUUAGCUUGCAGGGACUUGACUUUAGCUUGAGAGGUGUAAUCCAUCACACUAGAGACGUCAGCAAGUGCUGACAGCCAGAACUCCAAAAAUUGGCUGUGAUUCAGAGAGCAAUUAUAUCAUAAAACCACAAAUUCAAACAAUGGAAAUUAACUACAAAGGGAAAAUGAGCAAGAUAUUUUUUUUACCAUUAAAAGGAUUACGUAUGUUGCAGAGAGAGAUUAAUGGAAUCUAAAGUUGGGCAUGUUGCAGAAUUAUAAGAAAAACCAACACAUCAAACUGAGCUUUUAGAGACACUGUGACCAAGAUGCGGUGAAAAAAAGGUUCAGUGUUGGUUAUACCUUUCUUAAGCCCCUCCGUAAGCCCAUACCCACUCAAAUCUAAAUGAUAUUGAAAUUAAUUUUGAUAAACAGCGGACUAUCAGGUUAGAAGAGACACUCAUGAAUCAAAAGCUGUUUUGAAAUGGUCAGCAGGAGUGAAAAGUAGAUCCGCAAUUUGUAAGAAAUCUGCUUGGACAUGCAGAAACCCAAACUCCUCUUAGCAUAAUUAUAAUGUAGACUGCUCAGGGCUUGGUGUAUUUGUUGUACAUUUACUCAAAGGAUUUUAUAUAUUUAUUUUAUUCUUUAUGAAUUUUAAUUAGAACUUCAAACACUUGAGCUCGGGUCGGCCAAAGUGGGGCUUCCCUUUGAUCAGGCGUCACUCUCUCGUUUUUUUCCCUCUCCUCCAUUUCUUCCCUUUGGGCAUCUUCCUCUUAAUUGGCACAGCGUCACCAGUCCUGUCUGUAGUCAGAAGGUCUAUCUCUCUGUCUGUCAGCACUGAAGAUGAAAGGAUGAGAGUUAUAUUCAGGGCCCUGAGGUGCAGGGUGCCUUUUUGAUGAAUUUCAGUGUUGGACAGUAAACAUCGGGGUAGCUCUCUGACAUGGAUGUAGCUGUCAAGUGAUGCACGAAAAGACCUACAUCUUUUAUUUGGGCUGAGUGUCUUUUCGCAACACUAGCAAUGACUCAACCAUCAAGGGUAACAUAAGAUUUUGUACUUUUUCCCCUCCAGGAAGCCCUACCUGUUCCUGUCCUGAUCAGUUUUUAUAGUCUUUUUCCUUUUGACCUUACCUCUUUUGUUUGUCCCUGGGCUUUUCUCUCUCUCUCUCUCUCUCUCUCUCUCUCUCUCUCUCUCUCUCUCUCUCUCUCUCUCUCUCUCUUUUUUCUCUCUCUGUGCUGUGUGUUAAUGUAGUGAAGUGGCCCACCGGUCAAUGAGCUAGUAUUAACACCUGACUCCCAGCCCUUGCUGCUGUUUGUUCCUCUAUGUGGGGUCCCGUGGGCCCUGCCCAGUUCGAGGUAACAUAUCCUGGGAUCAAUAACAACAUCUAAGAAGGCAGCUGGGGGGAGGGAACAGUCUAUGACAUACUUUUGGAUAUUUUAGUGUAUUAAAUAAGUUAAAUGGCAGAAUGGUUUUGUAUUUUUUAAGACCAGAGCAGGAAUCAUAAUCUGUAAUAUCCACUCAUGCUAUGUGCUUGGGUUAAAUAGGAGAGACGGAACAUCCUGCUUUUGGUCAACAGGGUGUGUGGUGAUUUUAGAGGCCCAAGUACAGUCAAAAUUGAUAAGAAAGAAUCCCUGGUGGAGACAUGUUUCGUCUGGUCUUCAUGACAUGAUGCGCCUGACCUGUGCCAUCUUAAAAUAAGCUUGGUGGUGACAGAAGUUCUCUGUGACGUAGACGAGGCAAACGAGAGGAAAUGAGAAAUUCUCUUAUUCUGGGGGCUAGAGGACCCAAAACUGUCAGUUCCCUGAAAUAAGAAAAAAAAUAAGGGCAGGUUGUCAACUGGGUGAGGAAAGUCUGAUGAUUGGAACUUAAUGAUUGGGGAGAUAAAAGAGGACUUAGGCCUCUGAUUGGGGUUUAACCAAAACUAAGACCUGCAUGGGAGUAAGAUGGAAACAGGGAUCCAGAAAUUCUGAAAUAAACUUAAAACCCUCAAAUGAAUAAAUGCUCCUGCAAUUAACUUCCUCAAAUCAUUUCACUACAACACUUUUUUCUACAUUUUUCUCGUCAUCUAAUGUCUUUGCCAACUUUUGGAAGCUGUCAAUGCUGUAAGACAAUAAGCAGCACAGGCCAUGAGUAAAAUUGAUCUUGUCAUUAGCUAUUGUUAGUCCUGCUUUAACAGACCAAUUCUGCAUUAGUAAACAGUGUCGACCAAUUUUGAUCAGAGGUCACAAUUAUACCACAGCACUUUUGCAUGGAUAGUGGUGUCACAUAAAAAAAAAGAAGCAAGUGGAGGGAAACAUGAAAAAAAAACACGUAGACCCCUGUUAUUAAAUGUAAACAUGUUUUAUUGUGACACAUUAGAAAUAAGAUCUUAAAAUAUAAGAACUUUUUUUUUUGUUUGAGUAAAUACUUUCCAAAAGUGUAAAUACCAGGCAUCUCUAGGUGUAAUUUGCAACAUGCAACCACAGUCACGGGGAGGACUGCUGACUCUGAGUUGGUUGUUGAAUGAUUUGACACCAAGCUUUCAUACGUAAAUAAUACCAUGGGGAGCUGUUUGGGAGCCAAAAGCUGAGCCAAAUGAUCUAAAAGAAAUGCCACCUCUUUUCUUGAUAAAGAAGAAGGAUCCAGUCCUCGCUCUUAAGUGGUGGAUUAUAGACAACUCAUACAGCUUUUGCAGAUUUGAAGUAAUCCAUGGAUCUUUAUGGAUAUGUUUCGAUUGAAUCUUAUUCAAUUCUGUAGCAACAGGAAAGGGACAAUUUUAACUUCUGUUAAGAAGUUAAAUUGUUGAUUAACUGUGAACACCUCGACCUUACAAUCUAUUAUGACCACAAAGUACAAAAAAGCAAGCACCCUUUUAGUAAAUCUUUAGUUUGGUUAAGUUGAGCUAGUCUAACGUACUUGAAUCUGUAUCAAGAAAGAAAAAAAAUAAACCUGAGUAUCUUUUAGUUUGGUCGUAAUCUUUUUCUUUUACAAAUCUUUACUGACUUCUAGCUUUUACCACCAGUUCCUCAAAUCUGCAGUAGUGUUUGAUUCUCCUGUGCAUAACCAUCUUCUCACUUUCUCUACAUUCCUGCUGCUCUGUUUUGAUCUGUGUUUUUCACUCUCUUGCACCCUUGCUAACACUCUUGCUCCAGUGUUGUGCAGAGUGCAUUUAAGAAUUAUCUGUGAUUCUCAUCCUCCCUGGAUCAGCUUCAAACACAAAAUUAUGCACUACUGUGUUUGUAUCGACUCCUCCUCACCUCUUAUGUGCCUCUCCCUCUCCUCUCCUCUCCUCUCCUCUCCUCUCCUCUCCUCUCCUCUCCUCUCCUCUCCUCUCCUCUCCUCUUCUUUCCUGUGCUUUGCAGUCUCUGGCCAUGAACGAGGUGAACGGGCCCAUCGUCCAGGUGGCUGAGCCACAGAUCGCCAUGUUCUGUGGCCGUCAGCUGUUGCACAUGAAUCUACAGACGGGCCAGUGGGAGCCGGAUCCACAGGGACGCCAAGGCUGCUUCAAAGAGCCCAGUGAGAUCCUGUCCUACUGUCAGGAGGUACGGUCCUGAACCUUGUCGGGGGAAUAACACAAACAAUCACUCUCGAUGAGAAAACAGAUUUUGAAAGACUUAAAGAUGAACAAGAGAUUGAAGGAAAAUCCAGUAAAAUGAAAAUGUUUGUUCCUUAAUUUGGUUUGUCUUACACCUCUCCUUUAAUCUAUAUAUUCAACCAUAUAUAGUGAAGUGAUGGUGUCCUGUUGGAAUAUUCCAGUAUUUCAUUUGUGUCACCAUCCACUUCUCCUCCUCUUGUGGACUCAUAUGUGCACACUUAUACAUCUUCUGUUAUAUUCUGAGGUAAUGAGUAGUACAUUUAACCCCUACAUGCUCUUCCUUUAGAGGUAUUUAUCUGAAGUAAAGGCAACUAAGUGCCACCUGGUGGUCAAAAGUAGAGAUGACAGCUUCAGGGAGCAGUAACUACAAGCUGAAUAGAUGGAUAGUUAAUGGGAUUAGCUGUCACGUUGUACAUCUGCGAUUAUUUUAGAGCAUAUUUUUGUUUUCUGUCAUUACUCAUAUUAAACCAAAUAAUGAGUCUGUGCUUAAAAUUACCGGCCAACAUAUUUAAGGAAAAUAUUUGAGACUGAUUGUAAUGACAGACCAGAAUGUUCACAGAAAUGAUGACUGCAGUUCGCCAAGUCCAACACGGCUCCAGUCAAAAGCCUCUUGUAGCGUUGUAUAAGUCGUUUGCAUGACUUUUCCCCUCGUCAGUCUUCUUCCCACUGACUGUGUCCUCCCCUCUCUUCUUUCCUCCCAUCCAAACCUCUUCUUUAACCAUAUUCUUCCUAUCAUUUGACCCCAUGUCUUCAUCCCUUUGUUCUGGCCAUCCAUCUUUCUGUUUCUGUGUCUCUGUCUCCUCUGCAUGGACCUGUACAUCAAGGUGUACCCAGCGCUUACCAUCUCCCACAUAGAGGAGUCAAAAAGACCCGUCACCAUCCCCGCCUGGUGUAAGAAAAGCUUGGGCCACUGCCAGACACACCCUUUCAUUGUGCUGCCCUACCGCUGUCUAGGUAAGAAGAAUACACUGCACUGCUGUCAGAUAUUAAAAAAUAAAACGUCUUUUCAAUGUCUGCAGGUUAGUUACCUCGUGAAUGUAACAUUAUUCCAUCUGUUUUACAGUAUAAAGAUUAUUUAAGCAUUUGGCUGCAUUACAUGAAAGGGUAAGGAGAAGAAAUUAGUACAACAGAGGGGUCUAACGCUCAAACCAGAUUGAACUAUUUUGAGUCUUUGACCUCUAGAUCAACUAACUUGAAAAAGAAUAUUGAAACUUUUCAUUAAUUGUUGCUCAUUUCUGUCUUUCUAAGAGAUGGAUUAAAUGAUUGAUAACACAGUCAUGUGUGUCUUUGAAAUAGUCGCAUGAGGCUCUUUUUAAUAAAAAUUGUAUAUGACAUGAUUCAAUAUGAUUUGCUGUGUCUGAUCCAAACGUUGAUGUUGAUUUAAUUGUUUUCUUUAUUGAGAACUUUUUAGCAUUAUACUGUAUCAUCAGAAAGCCCCUUUUCUGCACACGAUGCAUACAUGAUCCUCAUGCCAUCCACCCUCCUAACUUUUGUCUGGUACAGAGAUAUGGUUCAAAUUUUGAUUUUUGUGCACCCAGGUCAAGGUAGAUUAGAAGUAACAAAAGCUGAACCUUAUCUGGACUGUAGAAUUUGUUAUGUCGUGGCUAAAAAGUCUUAUGAAUGCCCAAGUUCUUAAAAUGUUUCUUUUAUUUAAUCUUUUCAUAAGAUAGAAUAGGCUUUACCUUUUAUUUGACUUGAAAGGUUCAGCAAAAACAGUGUUUUGCAAUGUUAUUUGGACAGAUUAGUUCAUGUAAAAAUAGCAUCAAGUAUGAUUUAAAAGAUGAUUUACUUAUUUGUAGGUUUGUAGUACUUUGAAGGUGUCACUUGACAAACUCAAUAUUGUGUAAAACAAAGAUAUACAAACCAUAAAUGUCUAUAUACUCAUGCAUAAAAUAACAAAAUAAGUGUGAUUUAAUUAACAUAUUAUCUUUCUUUGAUUGCAUUUUUGGCAAUUAGUACCAAAGUUCAUUUUGUACUGAUUGUAUAGCUAUUAGAAGUGCGUAUAUGUGCAGAGAUAUGAAGGGCAGCAGUUUAGCAGGCAGAAGAGAGGCCGUGUCUGCUUUAAGCCACCAGGGGGGUGGAUUGGCUUGCAAUGGAUGACUACAUGAAUGAGUAAUAAACAAGGAGUCAGCCCAUAUCCAUGAAAUGUUUUUAUUCUUGUCUACAGCUCUCUAGAAGUGGCUCCAGCAGGUUUAAUAUCUGCAGUCUGUCUGCUGUAAAACUGAAUCCUUUCCCUUGAAUGUACAGGCCUUGAAUAAUAACAUAAUAAUAAUAAUAACAUUGAACAACUAAAACCACCUGAUGUGAAGAUAUACAAAGCAUUAACCUUAUAACUUGUAUUUUUCUUUGUAGUUGGUGAUAUGAUACAAUGUGCUUAUUUGGAAUGAGUAUUUGAUAGAUUUCAACUUAUUUGCUCUAUCAGCUGUAGUUUUUCCACCUAAAUUGUGUUGUUCACCAUCAUACUCCUACUUUCGUCUCUCUUCUAGACUCUUGAUCAAAACUCAAAAUGCUUGACGAUGUUAGUUCAAACACAGAAAAUCAAUCAGCUCUUUAGGUAGUCAUGGUUUACUUUGGCCUCACCUUUUCUUCAUCCCUGCUGCAGAGGGCGAGUAUGUGAGCGAGGCCCUGCUGGUGCCAGACCGCUGCCGCUUCCUCCACCAGGAGCAGAUGGAUGCUUGCGAGAGCUACGUAUACUGGCACAAUAUUGCGAAAGAGGUGAGACAGAUUGACUAAUAGACUUUGUAAAAGUUUUUAGAUGUGCAGUAACAUGUCUGAAAAAACAUCUAAUGAGUACCCGUGAGUUAAAAGAUUAAGACCUUUUGCCACACGUAGCUGGGUACUUGCUAAAACGAAUAUAUUUUGAUAUGUUUUGUCCUGCCAUCCACACAAAACCGCAAGAAUACAUCAUUAAAAACUGUGUUUUUGGAAAACUCUGGUUUUGCAUUUGUGUGUGGAUAUUGAUAACCAGAGUUUUUAAUUCCCAAACGUCAUUCAGGCAGUGGACAGCACAGGUAUAUACAGAAUAUAUAUUUUUGUGAGAAGCAAAGUAGGUGUGCUUUGCAGUCAGUUAUUCUAGUCAAGUCAACGUUUAUUUAUAAAGCACCUUUAAAAAGACAGCAGUCAAACAAAGUGCUGUACAUGGGAUAAAUAAAAGAAGUAAAUAAAUAGAUGGAUAAUAAUACAACAAUAAAAUUAAGUACAGAGGAGUAAAAUACAGACAGUAAAAGAGUAAAAGCUACAGUGCCUAUGAUUUGUGUGUACUCCUUUAUUACAUGCAAGGGAGAAAAAUUGUUCUUCAAACAGCGCUCAAAAGCAAUUCCACCUCUUUGUCGGUUCACACGGAUGAACUACACAGUGCUAUGUUUCAUGUUUGGAGAAGUGACAAUGAGAAAGGGAAGCUUGCUCUGAUUGGAUAGAAUGGGUCUAACUUUUUAGCAAAUACUACCAACUCCAGGUCUGGCAUGCUUAUAACCGUGGUUAAUAGCACAUUUAUGUGGUUUUGUGUGGAUGGGAUUUUUGUGUGGACGGGACUUUUUUUUUUUAAUGGAGGGGGUUGGAUAUUCGUUAUGAAAAUACCCGGCUACGUGUGAACAAGGCCUAAAUCUUUCCACCACAUGAUCGCAGAGGAGGAUUUUCCACUAGUUCAUUGUACAAAAGUUCAACCUUUUCUGUUAGAAUGAGCUCUAUUGAGCUAUUCAGAGCCUCUUGCGUAGUGUGUUGUAACAGCUUUGGCAGAAUAGUCUCAUCUGAAUGGUUUUGUGUUGUGUUGUGCAUCAUAUCACACUUAUUUGUACGCCUACCUGCAGAAGAGGCUCCCUCUAUCAGAUCUUUCACUAUUCAGAGAGAGUAUACAAUACUGACUAAUUUUACCAAGACUUGACAGCAUUUUAUUCACCUUCAUAUUAAAUUUCGCUCCUCAGUGCUUUAAGAAAUCUCUGCAUCGUGUGUUUGCUUUUAGGAGUGUGCUGCAGACAAUCUGGAGCUCCACAGCUACGGGAUGCUGUUGCCAUGUGAGGAUCACUUCCGGGGGGUGGAGUAUGUGUGCUGCCCUGGCCGAGGAAGCUCCACUGGGAAAGGAGAGACAGAGGAGAGAGACCCCCUUUCUGGUCCUCAGACCUUCACAGCCCAGUCCAGUGGAAAACUCAACUCAAUGUAACAUGAAUCAGUCUGACCUCACACAUUAGAGGUGCGAGAUUGUGUGUGUGUGUGUUUGACGUCAUCUGAGUGUUCCCCUUGUUUUUUUAAUUUUUCACAGCACCAAAGUGACAGCCCCCACUCCAAGCCCCUCUCCGGACACUGAUGUGGAUGAAACCGACAUGGAAGAGGAGGACGAUGAGGUGGUGGAAGAAGAGGAGGAGGAAGACGAUGAUGAGGAGGAGGACGUCGAUGAGGAGGAGGUGGUGGAAGAAGAGGAGGAAGAGGAAGCGAUCGCAGUGAAAGAUCCAGAGGAGUACGAAUACCCCAUUGACUCAGGUCCGUACCAGACAUCAGACUACUUGGACUCCUUCUACUACGAGAAAAGCCACAAACCUACCACCUCUGCUCCUCUGAUGAAGGGUGACAGCUGUGAGUGUGCCUCGUUCUGUCUGUGAAUCCUGCACUCAGGGUUUAGACACUGUGGUUAACGAAGCAGUCAGAUGACUAAAGUGCUGCAGACAGAGUCACUCCUGCUUUCUCAGUCUUAAUCGUUAUAAACUACCCAAUUUAACGCACGUCUUCUGCACUUUUUUCAGCCAGAGGAUUGCUCUUUUUAGCAGUGCACAAAAACACCUCUUCCUCCGUAACUCAAGUGGCUGAUCUUUUUCUGCUUAACCUAUUUAGACUCACACAAGAUUUUCUACUUUCAGUUUGGUUUUCGAUAUGAGGAUUGGAACAUUUUGUCCUUUUUUUCUUUGCAUGUUUGCAGGUCAUACAGCAGGAAAGUAAACUUAAGAAAGUUUUGUUAAGAGAAACCAGACAAUGCAAAAAGUGAAAGACAGUAAAUAUGACAAAUUAGGCAAAGGAAGAAGAAGUACCGUUGGAUACGUAUCCUUAUGCAUUUAUAUUUUGUGUUUCAAGUUUCAAGUUCAAGUUUCUUUAAUCGCCAUACGGCUAGGCCGGUGGAAUUUUUUCACAGUGCAGGUGGUAGCUGCAACAAUACACCACAUUCUUAUUCCUCAUUCAUUACAAAGGACCAAACGUUAAUAUCAAUGAUAUCUUUUUAUUACACACGUGAAAUUUGUUGUCUGUAAUUUAGACCUCCAGUGAAAUCCAGCUGCUCACAUUCUCACAUGAUUUAAAAUCUGGUCUUUUUUUUAAUCUGUAUGUCACAUACAAUGAUAUGAUUGACUUAUUUCUAAACAUUUGCUAGGUUGAUGCUAAAGGUUUUCUUAGUAAGAGUUCUUAAACUUGUAUGUAUAUUACUAUUAAAUGACGUGCCAGCUUGGCUUAGUGGUUAGAGUGUUUGACCACUGUGUAUUCUCACUGCUGAGACUAAAGAUGUGGCUACAAUGGUUUCAAUUCAAUUUAAAAUUCAAGCUGUCAAUUUCUGCCAUAUAUGAACACAUAAACAACAGGGAAUGAAAAACACGUUCUUAUGCAGCCCACAGUGCACAAGUGCGGGAAAAAAAAUACAAAAAAUAUAGUAAAGUAGGAGAGGUAUAUGUGUCUGAAUCUACCCUCAUGCCUUUGUAUAUGUACACAUCUAUACACAUGCACCCUAUACAAACACAUGCAUACCUAACGACCAAAAAAAAGAUUCUGCUGUACAUAUUAACAUGAUACUACUCUUUACCUUCACCCUUCGCUGCAUGUCAUCCUCCUAAUCCCUGUGCAAAAUGUUUUCUUUCUUUUUUUUCAGCUGUACUAUCAAAGAAAGGCAAAAAUCCCUUAAAAGAACCUGAAUAGCUUUAAUAACAAUUAUAAUACUAAUACUGAUAAUACUAACUCUGAAUAUUGACUAAUUUCCAAAACUACGAGGAGUAAACCACCUCUUCAGAGAUGAUUCCCCACAGCUUAAUGGGCUCAGUUAUUUCAGCUGUUUUUAAGAAACUUGUAUGUGGAAUACUUGAAAUACUUAAAUCUCCCAUAAGAAGCUUUAAUAAUAAUAAGGCUGUUUUUUCUUUGGUUGAGAUCUACCCCCCAGCAUUAGUUUCACCCUUCAAAAGUUACAAUCUAAAAAUGAUGAGUCUUGUUGCUGAUGAUUUUGUUUAUUUUUGUUAGUCAUAAAAAGGCAUUUCUAAGAAUUUUUGUCUAUUUCUUAAAUAUCAAAAAACUCCUCACACCAGCUAUAAAUGUCUGAAUAUCGACAGUGUAUUAAUGAAUAAUCUCAUCCAAGGGUUCUUGGAAUAAGAAAGUAUUUUUACAAAUACUGAUCUUGGGGUUUCAACAAUUUUAUCUAUCGAUUUCCUUUAGCAUUGAAGUAUUUUCCCCCUUGCUCACUGUAUUCUUAGUGCUCACAUUUUAACCAGAGUUGCCCUCUCUACUAGAGAAUUAUCAGUCUGUGGCUGCUGCAGUCUGACCAACACUAACAACAUCUGUUUUCUGUCUUUCCCCUCUAGUGACUACACCUCGCCCCACAGAUGGUGUUGAUGUUUAUUUUGAAAAGCCAGUGGAUGACACUGAGCAUGCCAACUUCCUGCGUGCCAAAACAGACCUGGAGGAGCGCAGAAUGAAGAGAAUCAAUGAGGUGACUUUCACAGGGAUAUGAACAAGCUAAUCAUUUUUUUGGCAGAUGUACCAGACUUUUGACAGCUGAUUCAUUAAUGUGGCACCCACUUCUGAAUUUGAUUGUCAGAACGACAGGUUCACUGGCCUGUUCAUGUUUUACCUGCAUGCAGACGAGCAGAUCAGUUUCGUACACAAAAAGUGAAAGCAGUAUCGAUAAACUGCGAGUACACGUGACUGUGGUUGUAGAGGCAGAGUUUCCUUCAUGUUGGAGGUUAAGAGUGUAAUUAUCACUCUGCAUAUCUGACCAUGUUUGCGUGUGAGUCUGCACAUCUUGAGAUGGGUGUUGUGCAACUUAUAACUUUGAGAUAGUCUGUUUUUUACAUCUGCCUGUGGUAUCCCACAUUACAAAUAAGGUAUUUUCAUCAUUAUCAUGCCAUCUAGCUUUGCAGUUUUGAUGGGCACUAUGUCUCGACAGAUGCACGAUUAUGAUGCGUGUCCCUAAAGUGACAACUUACACUCACUCUAGGCUUGAUAUGAACUGUUCUUGGUGAUGCCUCUGUCAGUUACACAUCUCAUACUGAUGUACACAGGUUAAUACAUUGAUUGUUUAGGAGAUACUUUUGUAAAAAUAACCCUUUUCCUUUAACUUCUUAGAUCAUGAAGGAGUGGGCAGAGGCAGACAACCAAUCUAAGAACCUGCCAAAAACAGAGCGACAGGCCUUGAAUGAAGUAAACUGAAAAACCUUUCUUUGCUAUAGUUUGAAUUCUCCUUUUGUUAUAUAGCAUCAUGUUAACGUCAAUCUACCCUCAUCUAGCACUUCCAGUCUGUGCUGCAAACUCUGGAGGAACAGGUGGCUGGAGAGAGGCAGAGGCUGGUGGAGACUCAUCUUGCCAGGGUGGAGGCCAUUCUCAACAACAACCGCCGACUGGCCUUGGAGAACUACCUGACAGCUGUACAGUCUGACCCCCCUCAGGUUAGUCCAGUGCAGAGAACAGAGGAGGAGGAGGAGGAGAGCCAAGCAACAGAAAUGAAAAGUUACCUGUCAAAACAAUAACAUUUGUUCUUCAGACUCUUAUUUAAUACAUGAAGUGCAUUGCCGAGAGGGUAGCUUAAACUCACUGUCUGGUAUUUCCUGGCUCUGUCUCCUCUCCAUCUCUGUCCUGCAGCCGGAGCGUGUACUGCAGGCUCUGAAGCGCUAUAUGGCCGCAGAGCAGAGGGACCGCAGACACACACUCAGGCAUUACCAGCAUAUUGUGGCUGUCGACCCCCAGAAGGCUGAGCAGAUGAAAUUCCAGGUGUGUGUGUGUGUGUGUGUGUGUGUGUGUGUGUGUGUGUGUGUGUGUGUGUGUCUAAGAGGCUUCUCAGCACACACCUGCACUGCAAAGAUGCAAGGCUCCUUUUGCUGACUGUGAAACGUAAAGAACAUUUUGUGCUGAAGAGUUAGUGCGUGCCUCAGACGAGUUAAUAAAUACUGAACUCUCAGAGGUGAGCUAGUCUUCAUGUCUCCUUUUCAUUAAACUUUGAUCAAAGCCAGUCUUCAAAGUCAGCUUCAGAAUUAUGACUCAAUAAAAAAAAAAAUGUUUUCUUUCCAACUCUAAAACUUGCUAAAUUUAGUCAUCCAUCUUUCAGCUCUGUUGGCCCUUCCUUAGUCAGUACCUGAAUAUUUUAAUGUCAUGCAGGUGUACACACAUCUCCAUGUAAUCGAAGAGAGGAUGAACCAGAGUCUGGCGCUGCUAUACAAGGAUCCUACCUUGUAUGAGGAGCUGCGUGAUGAUAUCCGUAAGCUACACUUGUCUUAUCCGGUACUUUCACCUGUUUACAAAGAUGCUCGCCCCUGUGUGGGUGCUGUUUUCUUUCAGUACAAAAGUAAUAUUUUUCCUGCUGCUGUGUUUUUCUCUCUCAAUCCAUCACUUAUAGAGGAGCUAGUCAAGGCAGAGAGAGGAGACAUCAGCGAACUCAUGACCACCUCCUUCUCUGAAACACGCACCACUGAGGAGCUCCUGCCAGCUGAGAGCGAGGAGGAGAAGGAUGAUGAGGAGGAAGAGGAGAGAGCCUUCCAGAACAGGCCUUAUCCUCCUCGUGUUGGUAAGUAUCUGUAUAUCCUUCAUAUUCACAGCUCUAAAUCCAACAUCUGUAGCUCCAUGUUAUUGUCUAGAUAACCUGAUAGAUGUAUGGAAUUCGCAGGUUGCUGUCAUUAAUAGCACAUCUUUCUCUUUUUUCUCUAAAGACCUGCAGUCUAAUAAGAAAGGUAAGCUGAUGUUUUGUGUUAUUACUCAUCCAAAAAGUUUCCACUGGAUCUGACUGGGUGUUUUUGUUGAACAUUUCUUGGAACCAGGCCAGAGUGUUGAUUUUUUUACUGACUGCAAACUUCCUGCAGUCUUCUGUGAGGGCUCACUCUUCCACACAUCAGAGGAGCAACAGAGCUUCAGAUGAGAGAGUUACUGGUUCAUCUGAUGGACCAGGUAGAUAUUAAAUGAAAGAGGGGCAUCAUUUAUGAAAUCUCAAGCUUUUCCUAAAAUAAAACAAGCAGAGAGUGCACACAUUCAACAAAACAAAACAAAAAAAACCACAUCGUGGACUUGGAAAAGUCAGAGGUCAUUCAGUGAGCAACAAAUACCCACAAUGGAUAAGGAAGAGAGAGGCAUCAGGAAACAAGCCACAGGCUGGUAAAGCAGGUUAAAGGAGUCAACAUGCUGUCACAUAACUGGCAUGCUGUCCUAAAACUGUCAGACAUUAGGGGGCAUAAUCGUCCUGCAGCUUCAGGUAGGAUAAUCGAACCACUAUAAAUCAGCUGAGAAGCAACAUCACAAGAACAUUAUUGGAGGAAGACUCCAGCAAGUUUGCAGUAGAAAUACAUCAAGAUGAAGAAACUCUGGUCUUGUGUUAUAACUAUUUGCAAAGAUUGCAGUACUUUGUUUUGUGACUUAUGCUCACAUGAAAUGUUCUUGUUUCUUUUUGCUUUACUUAGUCUCCACAGUCGAUGAAUACGAUUACACCACAUCUGAGAGAGGCCCUACCUAUGAAUAUGAAGAAAAGGUGAGAUGAUGUCCCCCUGUAAAUAGACUGUACUUUCUGUACGUGUGUUAUCUUUGUGAUGACUCCAUUUUUCAACUGUCUCUUCUCUUCUACUGUAGAUCAACACCUCUGUGGAGCUCAAGCAGGUGCUCAACAAGCCACCUGAGAUUGAGAGAGACGAACUGGUGAGGCUGAAAAUAGUCAUUCUUACAUUUUUAUGUGGAGAAAUUAUGCUUAAUCCAUCUAGAAAUCAGCCAUUUCAUUUCCCUCCUCAAUCUACUUUGCACUGUUUAUUUCUCUAUUGUUUUUUUGUAGCAACCUGAUGCCUUGGAGACAUUUAACCGUGGCGCCAUGGUGGGACUGCUGGUGGUGGCUGUGGCGAUUGCCAUGGUGAUGGUGAUUAGUCUGCUGCUAGUGCGUAGGAAGCCAUACGGCACUAUCAGUCAUGGCAUCGUUGAGGUAGGACUCAAAAAAAGCCUUUAAUUUAAACAGGAAGCAGAUUAAACAGAAUAUACCAGAUGGAAUAUAAAAACUGUUUUUAUCACAGUCCUACCAAGAUUUUUGAAAUCUUUUAUCCUGUAUUGAAGAUAGAUAUAGAAGUAAAACUAGAAAAGCACUCGGAGAGCGCAGACCUCCGCCAAGCAGCUCAUGUCCCCCCUUAUAUUGUGAUUCACACCAAAACUUUUACUGUUACGUGUCUUUUAUUAACUUUUAUUUGUGUUUAAACUGGUAUGUUCAUUGUUCAUAAUGUUCCUAAAACAACAAAAGCCCUGACCCAGAUUCGAACCCAGGACCUUCUUGCUGUGAGGUGACAGUGCUAACCACUACACCACUGUGCCGCCCAUCUACACCACUGUGCCGCCCAUUGGUUAUCUUUCAGCAUUGAAAAUUCCAACGACACCCUUAUUUUUGUGUGUUCUGGAUCACAGUAUCCAGAAUUUUGUCUGGAUCAGGAUCAACCUUUGACACCUCAUAAAACUCAUUGAGAUCCUUUUGUGUAAUUUUUUACUAAAGACUCUGGCCAUUUUUAUAGAGUUAAAUGCAAAAAUUCCAAAAUUUGCCCUAUCUCACAAUGAAAAAGAAUCCUUCAAAAAAUUCCUGGAUCCAGAAGGCGAUCCGGAUCAGAGUUUCAUUUUUUCCAUAUUUGCUCUUAAGCCCUCUCUGCAAUAUUAUGGGAAGAUUUUUACCAAUUAUACUGUAUACUGUAUAUGAUAAAUACACAGUGUUGUGGCUGAUAUUUAUGGUAAAACAGCAAAACAAUGCACAGGAGACAGGAUGAGAUUGGAAGAGCAGCCUGGGCGUCUUUAUUGUACAAUCAGUACAGAUGACAAACACAGUCUUGGCAAAACCCAAGGAGAGGAGCCCCAGGCUUCUCUUGCUCACAGUUUUAUACUGCUGUGUGUGUGUCAGAAUACAAUGAUUGUGUGUUACGUGUGUACAACAAAAGUGCACCCCUCAUAUGUGCAUUGCAUAGUUUUACAACUCUGUAAAUCUAGUGUGUGUGUGUGUGUGUGUGUGUGUGUGUGUGUGUGUGUGUGUGUGUGUGUGUGUGUGUGUGUGUGUGUGUGUGUGUGUGUGUGUGUGUAAGUGCAUGCUUUUCCCGUCAUUUAUGCAAUCACAGGGGGUCACAGUGUUGUGAAGUUCACCAAUUGUUUGGAUAAUUCUUGGACUUCCCAGGAACUAAGUGUUUUGACAACCGAAUAAACAUCCUGGGUUGUGCAACCUCAGGCUGCACAACCAGGCCUAACCCAACAUGUUUAUGAAUUCUCAAUAAAUGAUAAUCAUAUAUUGAUUUCUUUACCUAACCUAUGGAUUUCACCUACAACAAUAAAUUUGAACCACAGUCAGUCCACUGUGAAAUUCUUGUGGAUUAGUGUCAAGAUUUAAAGCAGAGGGACUUAAAAGAUCACUUUUAUAUUUAUUUAUUUAUUUUACAGUCUAGGAAGGAGUCUGCUGAAAAGGCUGGCUCUUUUUUAAUUAUUUAUUAAGAUAAAAUAACAUUUUUAAUCCUAGAAUUUCUCAACAUAUGUGGCAAACAAGGCAUUACAAUACUAAAUGCUAGGACUACAAGGAAAAUGGUAGAGUUUACAAGUUAUAAGGAUUUUAUUUAUUUAUUUAUUCUAGUACAGGUCUUUAGCUUCUCUAACAACCCUCAGGUUUUCACACUUCUAAACCAUUCACACCCCUUGUCACUUGAUAAACAUCCUGAGAGAAAUACUUAACGUUUGGUGGAUAAUAAUCGAAACUUCUGUUUUUCACGCAGCAGGUCGACCCCAUGCUGACGCCUGAGGAACGACAGCUCAACAAAAUGCAGAACCAUGGCUAUGAAAACCCCACCUACAAAUUCUUUGAACAGAUGAACUGAGGUACUGGGGCUGCCAACAAGUCAUGCCUGGCCUCUUGUUUUGUCCUUCCCUCUCUCAUCCACUCUAACUGUGUCCCAGCUACAGUCCCAUUGACAGUUUAAUGAUGUGUUGCAAACAUAAAGUAACUGAAUAAGUAAGGGGUACAUCCCAGACCCCACUGUAAAUGACCAACAACGACCUAUCAUCAUUACCAGAAUGUGAAUAAUGUGAUAAGAUACACACUCGCAUCACUCAUUGUAAUCUAAUAUUCCUCUGGGUUAGAGUCUGAGCAUUGUUCUUUCCAUUAACGAUGCUGCAGUGUUUCAUUUUCCUCAAAACAUCACAGUGGCAUGACUUUACCUGUUGCCCUUCACUAGAAACUGAAGCCGAACGGUGCAUAAUGCUUUAUAGUAUUUAUUUUUUCAGUACCAGUAGUAGUUUCUUUGUUUGGAUCGUACCACAGUUAGAUUCUGUAUCUGUGUAUAUGAGUGUGAGUGACAGCCUAGUUAAAUCAUUGUGUAAAUCGCUAACAAAACCAAGUCAGGGAAGAAAGGGCAAUUAGCUAGCUCAUUAGCAAGCUAAUGUGAGCUACUGUAACAUUUGACAGCAACUCUUAUCAUGAACAAAACAGUAUGUGGAUUUGUGAGGCUUCACUGAAAAAGACCACACUUGACAAUACAGUGCUUUGGUAUGGUGGAACAAAAAUAUCAUAUUUUUACUUUUGCCCUGAAUAGAGUAUGAAUUAUUUGGCAAAAUGUACCAAAUACUCAGUUUAGCUGAUAGAGUCCGUGAUUGAGUUAGUUUUCUUUGUACUGGCACCUAAAGAACUGUAAAACUGAAAAAUCAGGAGUCUGUUAUUUUACUGAAAGCAUGACAAAUUGUUGUAUGAUGCUGCUGUAUUUAUUUGUGUUGUUCUUGUCAUUGCUUUUGAUAAGUCAAAAACGUCACCGUUCAAAAAUGGACGCUGUAAAUAACUUAAGAAAUACAUACUACUAGAUGUAGACAUUUCUAUGAUUAAUUUGCAUCGGUGUAAUGGAAUAAUACAUAAAAAUAGAACAUUGUGCUGUAACGAGAAGGAGAAACAUUUUCCUAACAUGGCUGAUUGAAAACGGACUGUUGUAAAAACCAGCACAAGACAAUGACACAGUUACUUCUUUCUGAAUGUAUUCAAGGUAGGCGUUGAGAUUCCAUCUUCUUUUUCAGUAAACGCGUCAUUCUCUCAAGUAGAGCGAGUAGUGAAGUCCGACUCGUCCAGCAGACAGACUACAUGCCUGAUGCCCUUCUCAUCACUCUCUGUAGCAGGCUGUUUGUUUUCACAUUUGGUAGAUGUACGCUAGAGCAGAGGAGCUUCAACUUAAGGCAUGUUAUGAUGUACAGAGCAGAGCAGUGUGAAGAGGCCACAGAUAUCGUCAUGUGAAGUGUCAGUGUGUGUGUAAUAAGUCCUAAAAACAGACCACACUCAGGCAUGAUGAUAGUAAAAUGUGCUGUGAGUCUUAAAAUCUGCUAGUUUGACACAUUUGGACUCAACAACAUUGAAUGUGAGCACUCUAUAGAUGCGAUAUUUAAGUUACUAGCUUUUCACUGAAUGACUCAUUGUAGUUUGUCAUAUUAAUGAUCAACAUAGUACCCUGUAUAGGUAAGUGGAAAAGGGUCUGGUCCCUUUUUCUGGCUGAUUGUUAACUGCUUAGUGUGUCAGGUUCAUUUCUGUUAGCCUCUUAAUGGGUCAGGUGGUCCUGGCUGAGGAGGGUCACAUUGUGGGAUGUUGCUUUUUGCCCAUCAGUCUCUAGCUGUAUGCUGUAGUAUAGAUAAUCCCAACCAAAACCAAUUCAUUUUUGAUUUAUUUCAUGCCAGUGGGAGUUUUGCUUUAAAAGCCUGCGUUCAUCUAUCAAGAGGAAAAAUACUUCACUUAAAAGAUAUUUUUUCUGUUUUGUAACUUUUGCUUUAUAAUGAAGCAAAAAAAAAAAAAAAACAACCUUCGACUAUCAGAGUUCUGAGUUAGCAUUAACCUUCUGUUUCUCUGGUUAGGCGGGUGAGUUGCAGGUUGCGGUUGUGUUAUGACAGGUGAAGAGAAGUCAUAAGCCCUUGUAUAAUUUGUACAGCUACGUUAGUGAAUGAAAACGUUGUAUGUUCACAGUUUAAGUCAGUUGAUCUUGUAAUGAAACUACUGAAACCAUAGAUGAGAAUAAGCUUGCCUGUGUUUCCCAAACCACUGAAGGUUUUCCUACCAGCAUUUAGCAGACGUAGAAUGGUGUAUACUGUAGUUACUCAAAUCACAUUUGUACGUACGUCCUCUGUCAAAUUCUAGACUUCUUUGUUGGUCUGUCCCCUUACUUCCCCAAUGAAAUAUAAACAAUGUUAUUGAGAUUUUAAUUGCUGCAUUAUUGCCUUUUACAAUGCUGUGUUUUGGAUGUAAUUAUUCUGUAUUUUUUAUUUAUAUGUAAUAAUCAGUUGGAUCAAGGGUCAUGCUUUUCACCUGUAAUGUUGAUCUAGAGGCUUGUAUAAGGAAACAAUAAUGACACAUUUACAACAUUUAGAAAUGUGAAUAGAGACAGACAUUAAGCCUCGUCCUAAUUGACAAGGAGUGGCACUAAGCACAAGUAGAUCCAAAUGACUCAAUUUGUGUGCAGGUUGCUAAAUGUUGGUAACUGAACACGUCUGUCUGAUUCUAAUUAAACUGCAUUGAUUCUAGAGAUGCUGAAAGCAUCAUUAGGAGAGAGCUGUUCUUCAUUUUCAUUCAGACCUUCGACCAAAGACAUGCUCCACAAGUACGCAGACAGAUACCAAUUUGGGGGCAGGGUUAAGUUCUCUGUUGUGUAACUGUAAAUCUGAGAAAUUAGAACUGGUCAAGCUAAUAAAUAGUGUAAUAAAAAUGAAUGACCCAUUACAUUACA